AUGGCGCUGGAGGAAGAACUUGCAGGAAGAAGCACAAUCGCCUGCGAAAACGACGUCGUCAAGCGAGAGUCUUUCUGCAUUUCCAGUUUUGCCUUCCAUUUAACUUCAACUGCGAUCUAUGCUGCGACAACCACGACGCUAUCUGCCCUCUCUGUCCGCUCUCACGGCCUGGAGCCGUCUAGCAGUGCGACGCUGCACUUUCGCUGCACAAGCUUCUCCUUCACGGCGUCUUACAAUCUCCACUACCCAAAACGUCGAGCAAUGCGACGCUGCGCGAGCUUCACGUCCACCGCUUCUCGCUGCGUCCGCGAUUCUCUAUCUUCUCAUACUUGCGACAUUUCUACUUCGGAAUCGCGUUUCUCGGAUGAAAUUUCGUUGAAGGUCGCCACUCUCCGUCGAAGAUCGCGACUCUCCGUCAGAUCGCGACUUGACAUAUUGACAUGGAGACCGAGUAACAUCGCCUCACCUCCUACAUCCGGAAAGCCAACUCGGUGUUUCGAUGCCUGCGCGGACCUCCCUCCUGCUUGCGCGGACCUCCCUCCUGCUUGCGCGGACGAUGCUGCUGCCUUCGCGGACCUCCCUGCUGCCUUCGCGAACAUCCCUGCUGCCUUCGCGGAUGACAUUGCUGCCUUCGCGGACGUCCUGGUGCCUUCGGCAACGCCCCUACUGCCUUUACGAGCGUCAGACACAGAUGAGUAUCAGCACCCCUCUCCUCAACCUGCUCUGCCUUUUAUCUUUUCAUCAUCCAUCAUUAUCCCCCCCACGCAUUCCUCAUGUCAUCCCACCUGCUCGCACCACACUCAAGGGUUCCCCCAGGUCUCAGGUUGCUCUGGACGCGCAUGCAGCGAGCUGGCGGGCAGCAGGGCGCUCUUCCUUGCCUGCACCGACCGCCUGCCAUUCGCUCCUCGCAAGACACAAGACGAGUACCUUUUCUGUCCUCUGCUCUCCACUCCACGCUGCUGCUGCUGCACGGACUGUCACCAUGACUGGCGGACCUCUGCGUGGCCCUCCACUCAGCUCCAAGCUGCUGCGCGGACUGUCACUCCCACUGGCGGACUGAGGGGCUGCAGUGUGUCAGGUUGUGCCGCUGGAAGAGGAAGCCGGUACCCUUUGGUGGUGGUGGCGGUGUUGGUGUUGGUGUUGGUGUUGGUGGUGGUGGUGGUGGUGGUGGUGGUGGUGGUGGUGGUGGUGGUGGCGGUGGUGGUGGUGGUGGUGGUGGUGGUGGUGGUGGUGGUGGUGGUGGUGGGUGGUGGUGGAGGUGGGGUGGCAGUUGGGGUGUGA